UGGGCGGGGCCUCUGAAAUGAACUUACCUACUGUAACACUUCAGUAAAGGUACGAAUAGGGCCGCCAUUUAAACGUUACGAACGGGAGCGGACAGAAGAGGGCGAUGGGACUAUCAAAGGGGCCAUCAUCAUGGUCAGUGGAAGAAGUGCUGGAGUGGAUUCAGGAACAGUAUCCGACUAAGAUGACCCUACUCCACAAAGCUGUAAUCAAACAUGACAUAACAGGCCGUGUGUUGCUGAGACUAAAGGACUAUCAGCUGAAGCUUCUUGGGGUGGAAGAUGAGAAGCAGCAGCAGGAAAUUUUGCAGGAGCUCCUUCUUCUCAAAGUUCAGGAAGAAAUCAGUGAACUUAGUGACAUCUGCUCUGAGUUUCUUUCUCCAUGAAUCACAGUGAAAAUCUUCAGAAAGCCAAAGAAAAAAACAGAACCAUGGCUGACUUUUUGUUAUUUUUCUGAAUUUCCCAACCAUCCAUUCAUCCACGUGAAGGAGACAGAAAGGUGGAAUUGAUGGAAAUAACAAGAAGUGAAUAGAAAGAAGGAUCGAUGAGGAAUGAAGAGAGAAGGAAACCCAUUUCCGGUGUGAAAUCUGACCUGUGCAGAUGGAUGAGAUUAGUUUCUGUCUGAGUGGCUUUUUCUGAUCCUACUGUCCAUUAAUCUCUGUGUUUUUUCUGUCUCUGCACUGGGUUUGUCAACCAUGGCAUUAUAAAAGAUACGAACAAAAGUUUUUAUGGACCAAAUAUGCAGUCGCACUAUGUGUAGAGGUUUAGGAUAUAGGCCAAUCAGCAGAUCAUUUAAAGCCAAAAUGAAAUAAUCUGCUCACCGAUUUUCCCAGGGGAUGCAUUCUGCUGAGUUUGUUGGUUUAAAUUUGUGUUUGUGACUGCAGUUUUUCAGGAAAUUUAAAUGGAUUUAUGAGAGAUUUUUUUACUUACCUUCUUGACCCCAUGACAAAUAUCAAAUCCUACACACAUUUUCAUCCUACUAGUAUUGUAAUAGGUAGCUUGCUCUCAAAAUAGGAACAGAUUGUAUUUUAACAACUGCUUAUCCUCAGUAUUUCCAGGGUGGAAAGGUUAAACAUUUCACAUGUCUGAUCAGAAGAGCUGAGUCAAAGCUGUAAAACUUUGUCAUGUUGUUUGCUUUUCUCUCUGACUAAAAUUGCUUUUCACAAACAAA